AUUGAUUUUUUUAAAGAGAUCAAUUCAUUUUUCUUAUGGUUUUUGUUUCGAAAACAUUGAACGAAUCUAUCAUAAUGAAUCUUAUUAAUCGUUACGUUGAUGUUAUAAAUGGAUCAUAUCAUCUGAUGAAAUGUUCGACAAAUAAACCAUUUUGGAUGGAUUUUUCCGAAUCAUUGGUCGAUUUAAUACGGAAAAAUAAUUAUUAUCGAACUGAAUUUUCGUAUAUCGUUAUAGCAAUCGGUAUCAUUUCAUUCAUUCGUUAUCUUAUAUUCAAUGUUAUUGGUAAUAUUUUAAUAACGAAAGGAAUUUUGUUGGAAAAACAUCGAAACAAAUUUUGUCAAGAUUUUUGGGUUUUUAUAUUUCGUACUCAAGUUUUUCUAUUAGCAUGGAAUAUUUAUAACGAAACAACAAAAACAUUCAAUAACGAUGACAUUGGAAUGAUUAUUGAAUUCAAAAUUAAAUUACUUUAUCUGCUUACUACAUCCGAAUAUAUUCAUUCUACUUGUCUAUUGAUGUUGGGAUAUAAUCAUGAUAAAGAUGCAUCAAUUUGGAUUAUACAUCAUACGAUUGGUAUCAUAUUAUUUUUAUUAUCCUAUAUUCUACGAUUAGAUUUUCUUGUUAUAGCAGGUAUUUAUAUGCUUGAAGUGACAGAUUUAUUUAUUUUUUCAAAAUGUUUUCUAAAAUUACAAAUUAAUUUGUUAAAAAAAUAUAUAAACUAUUUACGUGUUAAUGUUUUUAUUAUAUCAUUGUUUGUAUGGUGUUUUAGUCGUCUUUAUUCAUAUCCAUUAAUAUUUUCACCAAUUGCAAUUGAUCAUUUUAAACAAUUUUGUCAUCUUGAUCAAGGUUCUAUUUAUAUUUUUAUUUAUGGUCUUUUAAUUUUAAUUCAUUUAACCAAUUUUUAUUGGACAUUUACACUUGCCAAAGUUACACUUAUACUUAUUCGUAAAGGAAUAACAGCAAAUAUUGAAGAUGCAAGAGAUUUGAAUUAUACAAGUGAUGAGAAAAAAAUUGAAUGAAAAUUAUUUUUGUAAUUUAUCAAUUUGAACUUUAAUAAAAAUUUUGAA